CUCCUGUAGUAGCUGGGCUGGUUGCCUGGAGACGGCGGAAGCGUUGAGGAGCAGCGAUGGAGAAGUAUGAGAAGAUCAAAGUGGUGGGGAGAGGAGCUUUCGGGAUCGUUCACCUGUGCCGCAGGCGCGGCGACGGGGCCUUUGUCAUCCUGAAGGAGAUCCCAGUGGAGCAGAUGUCACGAGACGAACGCCUGGCGGCUCAGAACGAGUGUCAGGUCCUGAAACUGCUCAACCAUCCAAAUAUCAUCGAGUACUAUGAGAACUUCCUGGAAGACAAGGCCCUCAUGAUAGCUAUGGAGUAUGCACCAGGUGGAACCUUGGCCGAUUACAUCCAGAAGCGCUGUAACUCUCUGCUGGACGAGGACACCAUCCUCCACUUCUUUGUGCAGAUCUUACUGGCCCUGUACCACGUCCACAACAAACUGAUCUUGCACAGAGACCUCAAGACGCAGAACAUUCUUCUGGACAAGCACCAGAUGAUCGUCAAAGUCGGUGACUUUGGCAUCUCCAAAAUUCUCGUCAGCAAAAGCAAAGCUUACACCGUGGUCGGGACACCGUGCUACAUCUCCCCAGAGCUGUGUGAGGGAAAGCCGUAUAACCAGAAGAGUGACAUCUGGGCUUUGGGCUGUGUGCUCUAUGAGCUAGCGAGCCUUAAGAGAGCCUUCGAGGCUGCUAAUCUACCUGCCCUCGUUCUGAAGAUCAUGAGCGGAACAUUCGCUCCUAUUUCCGACCGGUACAGCCCAGAACUCCGACAGCUCAUCCUCCACAUGCUCAAUCUGGAUCCGUCCAAACGCCCUCAGCUCAAUGAAAUAAUGGCUCUUCCCGUAUGCAUCAGGCCGCUGCUUAAUCUCUACACUGAUAUCGGCAAUGUCAAAAUGCGCAGGAUUGAGAAACCACUGUCUACAGUGCAAACUGGUCCACAUGGUAGACAAGGAGGGAGAGUCCCUACCAACCGGUCCAGAGACGGAUCAGUCGGUUUAGGAUCAGGGAAGGUGCAUUCCCUCCCGCUGUCCGCGGUGUACACGUGGGGAAGUGGAAUCUCAGCGCCUCUCCGCCUGCCGAUGCUCAACACUGAGGUGCUUCAAGUGUCUCUGGGCCGCACUCAGAGGAUGGGGGUGACCAAGUCUGGCCGUCUGAUUACGUGGGAGGCUCCAUCGGUGGGAUCUGGUGAGGCCAGUCUGCCCGGUGUGGUGGAGCAGAUGCAGCCUCAGUUCAUUUCACGUUUCCUUGAGGGUCAGUCCGGAGUCACCAUCAAGUCUGUGGCCUGUGGCGAUCUAUUUACCACCUGCAUGACAGACAGGGGUAUUAUCAUGACGUUUGGAAGCGGGAGCAACGGCUGCCUGGGACACGGUAACUUCAAUGAUGUAACACAGCCCAAGAUAGUCGAGGCACUCCUCGGCUACGAGCUGGUUCAGGUGUCAUGCGGUGCUUCCCACGUACUCGCUGUGACCAAUGAAAGAGAAGUAUUUGCCUGGGGAAGAGGAGACAAUGGUCGCCUCGGGCAAGGCACCCAAGACACCCACAACUCUCCACAGCAGGUGUGUUUACCUGUGGAAUUUGAGGCCCAGAGGGUGGUGUGUGGAGUCGACUGCUCCAUGAUUAUCAGCACACAGUGCAGCAUUGUGGCAUGUGGAAGCAACAGAUUCAACAAGCUCGGGCUGGAUAAGAUAACAGCUGGAGAGGAACCGAAUCCCUCCAAUCAGGUGGAAGAGGUCCAUUCUUACACUCCUGUCCAAUCAGCCCCGCUCAACAGUGAGAAGAUUGUUCACAUUGACAUUGGGACAGCCCAUUCUGUUGCUGUUACAGAGAGGGGUCAGUGUUUUACCUUUGGCAGCAACCAGCAUGGUCAGAUGGGCUGUAGUUCCCGUCGUAGCAGCCGUGCUCCCUACCCGGUGCCCGGGCUGCAGGGCAUCACCAUGGCUGCCUGUGGAGACGCUUUCACCCUGGCUAUCGGAUCUGACGGCGAGGUGUACACCUGGGGAAAGGGGGCCCGCGGCCGCCUCGGAAGGAAAGAGGAGGAUUCUGGGAUACCCAAGGCGGUGCAGCUCGACGAGAGUCACCCGUUCACGGUGACAUCGGUGGCUUGUUGUCAUGGCAACACUCUGCUGGCAGUGAAACCUUUGCUUGAGGAACCUGUCCCGAGAUGAUUCUGUCCUACAAACGACCCCACACCCACUCAGCGGUCGCCCUGAAGCCCGGCGGUGGCAUCGAGGUGAAGCUUCCUCUGAAUAUAACUCCUCCCAGAGGCCCGUCUGUGCUGCAGUUGAAAGAUUCCCUUUCACGUCGCAGCUGCGGCCUUACAUUCACACUUGGUCUUCCUCUCAGUCUAGAUUUUUUUUUUCUCUCUCUCUCUCUCUCUCUCUCUCCAGGAAUGAAUGUUUGUUUCAUUCGCUGGUUUGAUAUCAUUCAGCAGCAAAAGCACAGGAAAGGUCAAACCCAGUGUGUUGCAGCAGGUGUAGCUCUCAACAGGUUAGUUAAAGGAAUGUUGUUGCUGAAGCUGGAUUACAGGAAGUCAUUAUGUGGCGAGCUAUUGUCCUCUCUCAUGAGCAGAGUUAGCAUAAUAAAGGCCAGUAAAAGUCAAACUGGUUUGAGCUCUCUUAAGCCACUGCUCAAUGAGUUGACACAAUUCAUAGAAAGGAAAAGAAUGAAAACCACUUGAGUGUCAUCAGUCCAAUGACCCAAACACAUUAAUCUGGAUCACAUCGUCAGCGCUCACAUUGUGCUUUAUUGGAUUAGUCCUCCAAUACAUAUGUAAACCAAAUAACGACGUGUUGUUCAGGGUUCAACUGAGCUAUGUCUUCAAGACUUAAUGAUUGAGUCCGAAACAAGGGAACAAGGGAGUGCCCUAGUUCACUCGUUCACUCGUUCACUACCGCCUAUAUAAUGGACACUCAGUAUUCAGUCCAAAACAAGGGAGUGCCUUAGUUCACUCGUUCACUACCCCCUAUACAAUAGACACUCAGUAGUUUAUUCUGCAGGUAGCCAUAAAUAUGGACACGUAUGAAUCAUCCACUUUUUUCUUCAUCACUGACAUCUAUAAAAUGUGUCAAAUAGCAUUGUGGGAUUGUUAGCAGAAAGUAGUAUAUGAGAUCAGAUAUGAUAGAAAUGUAUUUAUCAAGCAGUUGCAGUACAAAGAGUGCAAAUGUAAAAAUAUUAAUAAAUAAAUACAAAAUAUACGCAAUGCCAAAAAUAUAAACACGGUUAACAGUAAGCAUAAAUGUCACAUUGGGACAAUUUGGACACUCACAGAAAAUGGUGGACAGUAGAUAAAGUGCAUUAUAUAGUAAAUAAGGAGUCAUUUCAGACACAGGUUUGUACAUUUUGGAAGAUUCUGUGUUGUAACCCACUGAAAUAUGUAUUAUAUAUAGAAUGAGCUGGUAUAUACAUAUAUACUGUGUGAACUGUAUUCAUAGGAUGACCUAAUACUUUUGAGAAAAGAAAACUGCCAAAGCCAAUGUUGUGAAAGAAGAACUCUAUUUUACUUAAGUAAAAGUAGCAAUACCACAGUGUAUUAAUACUCCAUUACAAGCCCUGCAUUCAAUAUCUUACUUAAGUAACUGUUGUACCGCAGUUCAAUUUACAUUUAUAGAUCAUGGAUUUUUAAUGAAGGAGGAGUAGAUGGCAUUUCAAAGAUUUUAACAAGAUUUAUUUUACAAGAACAACAUUUUUUGUGGAAAGAACAUAUCAGAUACAAAUUAUUAUUCAAAGUAGAGUAUUAUGAGUAGAGUUUAUAUAUACGUGUUAAAACAUGUCUGGAGGGGAUCUUUAAUGUAUUAGUUGAUUAUAUUUUGUUUUAAUCAUCUGAAGUGUCCAAAAAAAAAAAAGUAAAGUACCCUAAAAU